AAGAAUUCAACAUUGAGUUGUGCUAUUUCUUUUUAUGAUCAUGUCGCUCGGGUAAGGGCUCACACAUGUUGUUUCGGGUGGGAAGACCUUUUGACACAAAUCAAUGAUUACCCUGAAAUCUGUUUAGGAAGACUAUAUUUUCAGUUUUGAAAAAUAAAUGGAGAGGAAAAGAUUUGUGGAAGAGGAAGACCAAGAAGACUGUAGAUUAAGGAAAAGAUGGAAGGCUGAAUAUGAUGAACCUUCUGAUGAUGAAGACAAGAAGGAGGAGGAGGAUCAUAAAACCUGGAAGACAGAAGGAAAACAGUUUUUGCCUGUAAUCUGUGGAACCACAGAGGGCAUCCUUGAUUGUGAGAAGCUGGAACAAAGUAAGGCGUGUAUUAAGUAUGAAGGCAAAUGGUAUAAGCCCCCUAGAUUUGAGAUACUUGCAGAGAAAGGAUUGUGUAAAAAAUGGAAAGCAACUAUUUUCUAUGAUGAUCAACCUCUGGAGUAUUGGAUUAAGAAAGGUUACCUAAAAACCGAGGGAUACAGAAAAGGAAGAUCCAAGACUAGAAAGGAAAUACAAUCAUCCGGCUCUGAAGAAACUGAAGAUGAUAAUGCUGAAGAGAGGACAACAAAACAUACAAUUUCAACAGCAGCGAAACAUCCAUUCAGGGGGAAAGAACUAAGAAUUAUUCUCAAGAGAUGUUUUGAUGGAAGACAGGGAACAGGUGCUUGUCACUCCAAGUGGAUGACCCGUCCAGGAGAGUGCAGCAGCUCAGCAAAAGUUAACACACCCACUGCAGCAGCGACACUCAUUGCUCCCUCACACAUACAUGACCUAUCCAUCAAUGGAAGUGAUGGGGAAGCCAGUGAAGACCAGUUACCACAAAGCAGUGAAAGAAAAGAACAGGAAGCUUCCACAUCUUUGGAAAUAGUGAAUAAAACUGAAUCCAGGGUCUUAAACUCUGAUGCAAGGAUGGACGACAGAGAAGACGGCCAUUUAGUGCACUGUGGGGAUGACAAAGAACAAAAUAGAGAAGAUCCUCUUGAUAUGUCCAGGUCUGAAGUUAGUGGAAAUACCAGAGAUGUGGCAAUACAAACUGUGCCAAAAGUGCUACUGAAAGCAAAAAUACAGCCUGCAGAAGAAGCUGGGGGAGAUAUUGUUGAAGAUAAGGACCAGUUUCUAAGCAGUGGGCAGCUGGCAGUGAAAACAGAGCAGAGAGCUGAAGAGAAGGUCGGGUCUGGACAUGAAAACGAGGUUGUAAACUCAGAAGAUGCUGGGAAUGAAGAAGAGGAAGAUGAAAUGGAAACGGGAGGAAUGGAAUCUGAAGCUGUACCUGCUGUUGCCUCUAACCACACUGACAAGUGUGUUAUUAAAGAAAGCUCAGCAGAGAGAGGAGAUGCACAGUCAGCAAACUGUGGGAAUGAGAAAGAAGGAGACGAUCCUCCUAACAUGCCAAAAUCUGAAGUCACUGUAAAAACCAGAGACGUGGAAAGAAACACACCAAUCAAACAGCAGAAUGUGGAGGAAAAAACAGAAGAGGAAAUGAGUCUUUCCUGUGAACCUCGGGCUGCGUCAGAUGAGUGUGAACAUAAAGAUGUCCACUGCUCUGGCCACAAUGUAGCUGCAUUACAAUCCACGAGGCCAGAAAGGAACUCAUCUCCAGCAAGUCAAACCUCUGUCGGCAUUAAUUUCUCUCACAUGUCAGAGACUCUGUCGCCUGGGCCCUCAGUCAGCUCUGGUUUGAAUACAACGGAUCUUGAUCAACUGAAGAGGGAGAAACUAAAAAUGCAACUGAAGGUCUUAAAAUUACAAGAAGAGUGUUACACUUUGAUAAUAAAAGAACUUAAAAAAUGAAGAUUAAUGCUUCUGUAAAGCUAAAUUUGAAAAAUGGCUGCAGUAUGUCCACAAAUGACAUGCGUUAUUUGGAGGUUUCUUUGGUUAAUUGUUACUUUUGAGAAAAGCAACAAAAUCAUAAAACUGUACUUUGUCUCAGUUUUCCUUUCACACUGCUGAUCACUGUGUUUUACUUUGUUUUAAUAAUUCCACAUACAGCUGAUAUUUUCUUCUUGAAAUUCUGAAUAAACAACAUUGAUGCUUUUUAUCGGUAAAUUGUG